AUGCAAGUCUACCUUCGAGAAUCGCCGAGGGCCAUCUUCCUGCUCUCGUCGACGUCCUCGGACCACUACCCUCCUUCGGUAGGAGGCGAGCAGCCGAGAGGGAGCAAUGGCAGCGAUCGGCCGGGAAAGAGCGCGCUGCUGCUCAGCACCCAGAGCGGCGCCAGCUCAUCGAGCACGAGCAGCAGCAGGGCUGUCGUCGAGGCAGUGGCAGCCAAAGAUGUCCCGCCGACGCAGACGAUGAAGAGGCUCGCCCCAAAGGCCCAUGGCUGCCUGGGCCUCAUCAAUGUAGGCAGCGACCUCUUUGUGGCCAUCGUCACCUCGGCCGUCGGUGUGGGCGAGAUCAGGCCAGGGGAAGCCGUCUCAAAGGUUGUGUCCGUUUCGUUCUUUUGCCUUAAUAAAAGUUCGUGGGACGACGACAAUGCGCUAAACCUCGUCGAUGAGGAUGGAUCAGGGCCAUUGGAUCCGCAGGGCCUGCCGCCUCCGUCUCAGGACUUGAGCGCAUCGCCCUCGGCACCCAUACUUGAGCACCCCUGCACGAGCAUCAAGAAGCUCUUGGGCACCGGCACCUUUUACUACGCGAAGGAUGGUGCAUUCGACCUAUCGAGAAGGCUUGAGAAGCGCAUCGCGGGGACGACAAAGGCCCGGAGGCGGCCACCACCCCCACCUUCCGGCCAAGCUGCAGCAGAGUUGUCGGCGACGAGUCCAAAACAGACGUCUGUUGCAGACCCGUGGAAGUACGACGACCGGUUCGUGUGGAAUUCGUACAUGUUGGAGCCUCUGCUCGAGUUUCGCAGUCGCCUCGAAACACCCGAGAGACAGGCCCUUGACGCAGAAGGAUUCUUCGUCUUGGCCAUUCAAGGGUACGUGGGAAUCUCUGCACUACCCAGCCAAGAUAGCAGUGGCCCAGCCAUCGUCUCGCUCGUCAGCCGCCUCAGCUGGAAGAGGGCGGGGACGCGCUACAACACAAGGGGCAUCGACGACUCCGGCAAUGUAGCCAACUUCGUCGAAUCCGAGACCCUCUUUCAUCUGGGCGCGGUCACGUUCAGCCACACCCAGGUGCGCGGCUCUGUGCCCCUCUUUUGGGAGCAGCAGGGCCUUCAGGCGUUCAACGCCCGAAUCCAAGUUACCAGACCAAGGAUCGCAUCUCAGCCUGCCUACGAUCGCCAUUUUGCCGAUCUCUUUUCACACUACAAUCGUGUUCACGCCCUCAACCUCUUGGGCACAAGGGACGCCGAGACCGUCCUGUCGGCCGCCUAUGCCGAGCACAUGCGCAACUCGAACGCAGUAGAGCUCUACCUCGCCAGUCUGUCUGCCACCGAGGCAGCAGAGGCAGAGGAAGGCGAGAAGGCCGAGAACGGACAAGACGAGGAUGAUGUUGAUAGAAUGGGAUUGACAAACUUUGACUUUCACGCUACCAGCAGAGCAAAGGGCGGUAUCGACGGCGUUCGAAGCGAGCUCAAGUAUCUAGGGCCGGUGCAGCUGAAGCGCAAGGCAUUUGGCUUCUCUGUCCAUCGUGCUGAUGCAACGGACAGCCUCGAUCGCACCAAUGUCAUCGAGGACAUGCUCUCGCAGUCCGCACUAGAGCUCUUCAUCGAGGAAAACAUGGAGAAGAAUGCAUCAUUCGAGUCCUUCUCCUCCUUCAGCAGUCCGAUUUGGAGCCACCACCGAAAUUUGUGGGCUGAGAACGGAGACGCCCUGUCGAAGAUUUACGCCGGCACGGGCGCCCUCAAUACGACCUACACGCGCUCGGGCGGCGGCAAAAAGACGCUGGGGGGCUUGCUCUCGGACGCCGCGAAAUCAGCCUCGCGCAUGUACAUCAACAACUUCCAGGACAAGUCCAAGCAAACGGUCAUCGAUGCCUUGCUGGGCAAUCUAGCCAACCAGAAGCCCGUCACCGUGUUCGACCCGCUUCACGACGCCGUCACGGCCGAGCUGCACGAUCGCUUGGACGAGUACUCGACACCACGGCAGGUUAGCGUCUUUGUCGGGACGUGGAACUUGGCAGGACGCGGGCCAAGCGGAGAGAGCAUCUUGCCCUGGCUCUUUCCCGACGACGGCUCACAGCAGCAGGAGCCCGACGUCAUGGCCCUUGCUUUCCAAGAGGUCGUUCCCUUGACCCCGCAGCAGAUUCUCAUGACGGACCCAGAUAAGCUCCGAGUCUGGGAAGCGGUCAUCAACGACACACUGCGGCGCCGGGGAGGAAAGAGCCAAUAUGUCAUCUUGAGAAGUGAGCAGCUCGUUGGGACAGCCCUCAUUGUGCUGGUCAACGAGAGCAUCAUUUCGCACGUAAAGGCCGUCGAGGCUUCCUCGAAGAAGACUGGGCUCAAGGGCAUGAGUGGCAACAAGGGCGGCGUAGCCAUUCGACUGAGCAUUUAUGACACGACCUUUUGCUUUGUCACUGCCCAUUUCGCCGCGGGAAAGUCCAAUGUCGAGGAACGCAACGCCGACUACUGGACCAUCAAUCGCGAGCUUGGCUUCUCACGGGCUCGCACUGUGAAUCACCACGACCACGUCAUCUGGCUUGGGGACUUCAACUAUCGGAUCGAUUCGGGCAACGAGGUCGUGAGACCGAUGUGCGACCGGUAUGACUUUGAAGGUCUCUAUGCCCGCGAUCAGCUCUCUCGCUCUCGUCAGAUGAAUCAGGUCUUUGUUGGAUUCAACGAGGCCCCAAUCGGGUUUCUGCCUACCUACAAGUACGAUUUCCACUCGGAUCGGUACGACUCUUCGGAGAAGCUCCGGGUGCCCGCGUGGACGGACAGGAUUUUGUACAGAGCGAUGGCGCCCAUGCAACUUGCGCUUCAGGUUUACGACCGCGCCGAGCUCAAGACGAGUGACCAUCGGCCCGUCUAUGCUCGCUUCGCCGCGGAAGCAAGGGUAUUUGAUCAGGAGAGGCACAAUGCGAUUCGGAAGGAGCUUAUAGCGGCAAGGAAGACGGCGCAAGCCCGGAGAGGCUACCUGGCAUCCUCUCCGUCCUCCUCGCCCAUCGAUCGGAGCGAAGACGAGGAGGCAGCAGAAGACGACGAGCUAGACGAGGACGAAUGGGAGGAUGAAGAGCUCCCUGAACCGUCGAGCGAUCAGUCGAAGUGGUGGGAUGUUGGAUCACCGUCUUCCUUAUCCGAAUCCGAGGACGAGGACGAAGAGGAGGAAAUUGAAAAUGUCAAGAAUGGCGAGGCAGGGGAAGCGAGAGGCAACCCUUUCACGGCAGGACACGCUUCGCCUCUGCGCUCGCGAGGAGGCAGUGGCACAAUAAAGCGGAGGCCACCGCCGCAGCCUCCCAAGAAGCUCAACUCGAAUUCUUCGAGCGGUGCUCACACGACUUCACCGGGCGUCAGAGUGUCAGAUGAGAACGGCAGCACCGAAGCCGCCUUGCGACGCGCGGCUGGCUCGCCAUUGCAGUCCGUCUCUUCACCGAUGAGCGAGGCUGUUUCGCCGAGCGACCCUGCGACCUCGCCCGUCCUGGUCCGUGCGCCACCGCCGAUUCCCUCUAAGCCCGCGCAUAUCCAGUCUGCCAACAACGCUGCGACUGCGACACCAGCCUUACCAAAGAGGCCUGCUCUCGGGUCAAGAUCAGCGAGCUACACCAGCCAGCGUAGCGCAAAGAGCCUGCUGGAUGAUAGCGACAGCGACAGCGACGAGCGUAGAAGCGGACGAGCAAUGAUGUAA